UAAGUCUAAUAGGCUAUCAGAGUUACUGUUUUGGUUAGGAUUUUCACUGAUAGUAAAGCACUGACUGCCAAUUACUGGAUUGGUUAUCAAAUGAGAUUAUUUUAUUCAAAUCAAUUAUUGCACAACUACUAAAUUGCACCGGGUCAAUAAUACUGUGAUAACCUGCUCAGAAAGUCUUUAUUUGUAAUAUAGUGGACUUAAUAGGAAACAUUCAUGCAAGCAUCACUCCCAAUUCACGAAGCCUUAAAAACCCUAUCUUGGCUAAUUGGUAAAUGGGUUGGCAAUGGUCUUGGAGAGUAUCCAACUAUUACACGAUUCAAGUAUUGUGAAGAGUUGGAGUUCACUUCUCUAGGACAGCCUCUGUUGAAUUACACAUCUCGGACAUGGCAUGCUGAGAAGAAAAAUCCAAUGCACUUUGAGUCAGGCUUUUUAAGAAUAAAACCGGGAACAAGAGAUGUUGCAUUCAUGAUUUCGCACAAUUUUGGUUUAUCUGAAGUAGAGGAAGGACAAGUUGAAGAUUUAAAGUUAGUGACAACAUCACAAGAUAUUAAAAGAAUGUCAUUUGCCAAGGAUCCAGGAGUAACUCAGAUACAUCGAGAAUAUAGUCUACAAGGAGAUGUUUUAAGCCUAACACUCUCAAUGGCAACCACUAACACGCCCUUGACAAAGCAUCUCACUGUUACAUAUAAGAAGAUAUCUUAACACACUGUCACAAGUGUCAAUAGUAAAAAUAUUGUUUUAAAAUACUCUUUAUCUUGGAUGAAUUGUAAAAUAAACUCUUAUAAAUACUAAAAAUAAAUUCGAUGGUAUUUUCCUCAUGAAUAUUUGUAAUAUAUACCUGUAUUUGAUAACCAAUAGUUCCUCAUUUUCCUAAGCUUUAGUUUGAAAUUUUUCAAAUAAAAAAAAUAUUUGUGUUACAUAACGUUUA